AUGAGUCUGAGCGUAUUCGAAGCAGCUCAGCAAGCGGCAGCCGCAGCUGGAAUGCACCUACAAGUCGUCUCUGCUCCUUCAGCAGCAGCAGCCGCGGCUAUCAAUCAAGCCAUGUCACAGGAGCCUGUCGAGAGGCCCCAAGUCCACGGAAGCACUGGUUGCUUGAAAAUGAACAAGAGGCACCUCAAGUGGCUCGAGAAAGUCAAAAACGACGAAACCCAGCUCUCUCUUCCUAGACGCCACAUUGUUGAUGAGGACAUGCCCGUCAUCAUCCAAGCGCUGUGGCACAACCCAGAGAUCACGAGUGUCCAUCUGGGUGACAACAAUUUGGGAACCGCUGGAGUGGUCCAGCUUAUGGAGGUGCUCAAGGACCUUGAAGCCGUGACUGAUCUUAGUCUAAACGACAACGCCCUGGAUGUCGAUAGUGCUCGUGCGAUUGCCGACAUGCUGAAAGUCAGGACCAGCUACGUUCAACUCUUUUUGCCACGCAAUGAAUUUGGUGUAGCAGGCGUGCAAGCCAUCGCCGAAGCCCUCAAACUGAACAAGACGUUGACUUUUUUGGACCUUGGUUGCAAUGCUAUUGGGGACGACGGUACAAUCUCGCUCGUCCAUGCGUUGCGUGGUCACCCAACGCUUAAAUCUUUGAUUUUGCUUCAAAACGAGAUUAGUGACGCAGGAGUGAUCGUCCUGGCUGAUUUACUCAAACAAAACAAGGCACUUAAGGAGCUGGUUUUGUCUGAAAACGAGAUUGGUGACGCAGGAGCGAUCGCCUUGGCUGAUAUGUUCAAACACAACAAGUCACUCACAAGCCUGAAAUUGAACAAGAACAAGAUCACUGAAGUCGGGGCGCGCGCCUUCUCAAAGGCUCUGGAGAAUGUUCCAUCCAACGAACUCAAGUAUAUUGAGCUGUCAUACAAUAUCAUUGGCAUUUCCGAACAAGAGGCGAAAACAAAAUUCGGUCAUCGCUUCUUCAUUGACGUGCAACGAGAUCCUGCGACCAUUUACCCGCCUCUUCGCCCCGAGUUGUCGCCCCUGAUUCCUGAAGGUGCGAGCACACAGACACCAAGGGGCUCGAUUCUCGUAUUGCACGCCGUCGACUUACUUUUUGUGAUCUCCAAACAUGUAGAUGUGCGACAGAACCUGACGCCGGUGCAACGCAAGCUGCUUGAGAGCCUCAUGGAAGCAGGCGAUACAUUUGCGUACGACCUCGUUUUGGUGCUCAUGGUCGUUGGGAAAGUGCAACUGUUGUUGAUGGCUGGCACUCAACGAGCUGCAAACUAUGUGAAUGGUGUCUCAGACCCCGACUGA